AUGGUGUCUCCAACUUUGGAGAAGACUAAUGUCCUAGUGAAGAAUGAUAGUGGAGACCAGAUGAACGUAUACGGCAAGCUGAGUUGCAAGAUUGAAAUGAAAGGCAUAAAAACAGAAGGCUACGCUUAUGUGGCGCGAAGUGGGCUAACCCAUGCGUAUGAUGAUAAGGAGGUGAAGCUGGCACCAAAAUCCGACGUGGAGGAACCACUGAGGAAUUCUUAUCCGGGAGUUUUUGAAGAAGGCUUGGGACGUUGCACCAAGGAAGAAGUCACCUUACAACUAAUACCAAAUGUGCGCCCCGUAUUCUGCCCAGUGACCGCUCCCUCACGCAGUUUUGGUAGCAGUGAAUGCUGA